AUGGACGUCUCAAAGAUGCAGUCGGUCUCUCUGGAGAUCAUGCUGGAUAGCGAUGCAUGUGAAGCUCCUGCUGGCCCAAGCAAAUGCAAGGAUGAGGAAGGGGAAGCACCGAUUUCAUUGCUAUCUUUUUACGAUUUUCCACCGUGCGCAUCAGAUUUGGUCCCGAUGAUUCAUGAAAAUAUUUGUAUCGGUGGCUUAUCACGGUAUGGGCUGCAGGAGGUGGAACUAUUGCUGAAUUGCCCAUCACGUGGCUCUAUGUUUAACUGGGAGUACGUUGCUGCUGAGUUUGGCUUCUCCAAUAGCAGAAUUAUGCACUUACGUACAUCCACGAAUCCAACUUCGGCUGUAUUACAAGAGAUUGCUUUUCGUCCAUUAAAAGACUUGCUCAAUGUUUUCGUGAAAUUGAACCGGGUUGACGUUCUUCUGUCACUUCAGCCUUUCCUCGAAAAUUUGUUAUCUGGAGAAAGUGCAGAAACGGUCAGCACUGAUUCAGCACUUACGUACAUCCACGAAUCCAACUUCGGCUGUAUUACAAGAGAUUGCUUUUCGUCCAUUAAAAGACUUGCUCAAUGUUUUCGUGAAAUUGAACCGGGUUGA